AUGGGUGCUGUUUGCUAAUUUUAGUAAUAAGGCUCUGAAACCUACUGCAAUUAAGAAAUAUAAUACCACAUUCCUAUUUCAAAAGAGAUAAAACCAAAAACUAUAAAUGAUAGUAUAAAACAUGAUUUAAGAGCUAAAUAUUUAGAGUUGGAUUGUCAACUAUGUGUUAGACCUUUAACAAAAGAAAUCGCGGCAUAAACUGAGGUUACAUUUUAUAAUGUAGCCUAAAAUGCAACUUUAAAGAAAAAAGAAAAAAAUCAAAAAAAAAAGAAAAAAUAAAAAGGCAAUUUUUCUGAAAGAUUUGAUAAUCCUGAAUCAAAUUAAUGUUCUUCAGCUAGUCCAUCAUCCCCAACUUAAAUUUAAUUUUCAAAAGACUAAUUAUAAAAAAAAAUGAUAAAAUAUAAGCCCUAAGAUUUCUAGCCAUAUGUAGUAUUAGUUAACUCUCAAAAGCUAACUAUAUCUAACGGUUCUCCUUAAAAAAAAAAAAAUAAUUGA